CAGGAGGCUCUGUAAUCGCCGCCCAGAAGCAAGGCGGUCGGGCGGCUGGGCGAGGGGCUGCUAUGGUGCUGAGUUCCCCGGCAGAGCCGACCGAGUCGGGGCGGUCGCGGCCAUGAAGGCGGGGGCCACGUCUAUGUGGGCUUCGUGCUGUGGGCUGCUGAAUGAAGUCAUGGGAACCGGAGCUGUCAGGGGCCAGCAGUCAGGAUUGGCAGGAGGUACCGGUCCAUUCAGAUUUACACCAAACCCUGAUUUUUCCACCUACCCACCAGCAGCCACGGAAGGACCUAAUAUAGUUUGCAAAGCCUGUGGACUUUCAUUUUCAGUCUUUAGAAAAAAGCACGUAUGUUGUGACUGCAAGAAAGAUUUUUGCUCCGUUUGUUCGGUCUUAGAAGAAAACCUCCGUAGAUGCUCUACUUGUCACCUGCUGCAAGCGACGGCCUUUCAGCGCCCUCAGUUAAUGCGGCUGAAGGUGAAGGAUCUGCGGCAGUAUCUCAUGCUCAGAAAUGUCCCGACAGACACUUGUCGAGAGAAAGAAGACUUGGUGGAUCUGGUUCUGUGCCAUCACAGACUAGGCUCUGAGGACCACCUGGACACAGGCAGUCUGAACUCUUCACGGUCCCAGACUUCUAGCUUUUUUACACAUUCGUUUUUUUCAAACUCUACAGCCCCCUCUGCUACUGUGUCUUCGUUUCAGGGAGAGCUUAUGGAUAGAGAUGGGACCUCCAGAGCUGGAGCGCUGGCACAGGUACAAAGUGAAAUAGCUUCAGCAAACACAGAAGAGGAUGAUGACGAUGAUGAAGAUGAUGACGACGACGAUGAUGAAGAAACCUUGGAGGAGAGGACUCCUGGGCUUUCUCAGAAGAGAGUGCGAGCCUCGCUGUCUGACCUGUCAAGCCUUGAAGAUGUGGAAGGGAUGAGUGUGCGCCAACUGAAGGAAAUCCUGGCUCGGAACUUCGUCAACUAUUCUGGCUGCUGUGAGAAAUGGGAGCUGGUAGAGAAAGUAAACCGGUUAUACAAAGAGAACGAAGAAAACCAGAAGUCAUAUGGCGAGCGGCUGCAGCUGCAGGAUGAGGACGACGACAGCCUGUGCCGGAUCUGCAUGGACGCUGUCAUCGACUGCGUGCUGCUGGAGUGCGGGCACAUGGUCACCUGUACCAAGUGCGGCAAGCGCAUGAGUGAGUGUCCCAUCUGCCGGCAGUACGUGGUGCGGGCCGUGCACGUGUUCAAGUCCUGAGCCGAGGUUCUCCUCAGCAGCACCGACGCCCCCAGACUCGAUCCAAAACAUUUCAGUGCGCAGAAGGGACUGGAACCUUCCUGUUCAGAGUGAAUCUGUUUUUAAAAAUUAUUUUCACUAUGGACUGGGAACAGAAAGGUGCACCCUAGAUUGUGGAAACGUUGGUCCGUUCUGUGAUCCCAUCCACCCGUGGACACGAGCUUCCCUGCUUCUGCUGGGCUUUUUCACACGUCCCACAAGCACUGACUGUGGGAGCGAGGCUGUUGACGGCAGGGAGCGUAAGCUGCUCUCUUGGAGGACGUCCUGGUCUCUUUCCCUUCCAUCCUAUUUUUAACUGAAACCACUCGGAUGUCUGAAACGUCUGUUCUCUGGAUGAGGUCACUGUCCACAAGUGGCUGGUAUGGAACAUGGUCACCUGACCAGUCCUGUAUUCAAUGCUAAUACCUGAUGAAUGUAGGUUUCCACAUCGUUGCUAUCUCUGCAUUUAAACAUAAUUGGGAAUCAUGGACAUUCUGUAGUCAGCUGCCAGGCCUUAGACCAAACACGGCCAUCUUUGUCCAGGUACAGCUUUUAUAGCAAGGGCUGUGUCUGGCUUCUUCCAUUAGGAGUGUGUGUGCUAAGUUCUCUAUUAACGUUCAAGCGUUUACACUGUUUUGUAUGGUGAAGGUGUAUUUUUAGUGCUACCUGCUAGCUAAUUUCAACUUUAGGAAUAAAAUUAGAUUAAAAUAUGUUUUUGUUU